CACGCACGGGAUCAACUCAAGAAAGAAUUAUGCGAAGAGAACUGGAUUGCACUAAGGUAUGUUUGGUAUUACGAAGACCCGUAUGUAAUUAUUCCUAAGCAUCUUCGGGAAUUAGGUCUCAUUGAAUAA